AUUUAAGAGAGUUUUCGUGGAGUGAUACACGGUUAUAGCGUCACCACGCUUCCGUCCUCUGGUUAUUUGAACUGUCACCGGCGGUUCUGUUCUCCUUUUAGUUUUUAAAAAAAACUGUUUUAUCAACAUUUUAAUCCAUAACGUUGUUAUAAUGUAGCAACCGAAGGACAUAACGGGUAUUUUUUAAUGCGAGCAGAUGCCAGGCGAUGAGAUGAGCGCUGCCAACUCAGAGGGAGACAAGAAGGUGACAAUGUCUCACCCGGAUUUUGACAACUCUUCCACUCCCGCACACUUCUCUGAACUCUCACCAUGUCAUUUUGGCAUCAGCAGUCAGAGUUUUAUCCCAACACUGUUGACGAGCAAAGACAAUCCCGCAAAAAUAAAGGCCAGACGGAGGCGCUCUACUAUUGGUGUUCGAGGUUCACCAGAGACAAACACUCUCAUUCGCUUCAUGGCACAACAGAGGAUGAAAACUCCACCAACACCGGCUACGUUGACCCUGAGACAGAAGAUUGCAUCCUUCCAAAACCUGAUGGACUUGGAGGAAAAGGAGGUUUAUGAAUUGACACCAAAGCAGGAGAGGACACGAGAUGACAACGGUAAGGAGAACCACCCACCAUCGGAGACCCCCCCGAGUCCUGUUCACCUGAAGGAGAAGGAACUUCUCCCUACUCAGAGUUCUGUCCCCCCACCACAUGAAGAUCCCGUCUUCCCCCUUCUCACCCCCUGUCGUCCUUCUGUGUCGGGGAUCAGGUCGUCAGGAGACGAAGACUCUUCUGGGACGUCUCCUGUGAGGAAGAAGGAGAAGAAAGUUCACUUUGGAGGCCUUCUCUCCCCUGAGUUAUUCGAUAAGAACCUGCCCCCGAGCACUCCGUUACAGAAGGGAGGCACCCCCUUCCGUGCCCCCACCCCGGCGCGAGGCCUGACGCUUCAGUCAGUGCUGAAGAAGUCCGGGCGGAGUGAGACCCCGAGGACGUGCGGUCGGCCUGAUCUCAGUAGCCUGAUUGAGCUCAGUGCCUCUCCGUCGCUGAUGCUUCCUCACAGGUCACGGGUGACGUUCGAAGACGAGGGAGAAAGGACUGACGUGGAGGAGGAGGAGGAGGUUAAGAUUGUUCUCCCCUCCACAAAGGAAAUCUUCGCUGUGAUGUCGAGCGACGCAGAAUGCUUGGACUUUCAGCCGUCGAGCGUGAAUUCUGCCUCAGGUGAGGAGGUGUCGUUUCAGACAGAGUCUGGCAGUGAUGUCAUCACUUCCUCCGGGACGCGUGACGCUGCGGCUCCAGUGACAUCCGGGAGAAAAAGGGCAAGAAAAAACGACUCUGUCAGGAGGUCGACGCGCUCCUCUGCCAGGGCGGCCUGUGGCAAGAUGAAGAUUGUUCUCCCCUCCACGAAGGAAAUCUUCGCUGUGAUGUCGAGCGACGCAGAAUGCUUGGACUUUCAGCCGUCGAGCGUGAAUUCUGCCUCGGGUGAGGAGGUGUCGUUUCAGACAGAGUCUGACAGUGAUGUCAUCACUUCCUGCGGGACGCGUGACGCUGCGGCUCCAGUGACAUCCGGGAGAAAAAGGGCAAAAAAAAACGACUCUGUCAGGAGGUCGACGCGCUCCUCUGCCAGGGCGGCCUGUGGCAAGAUGAAGAAAUCCUCCGCGGGAAGUUGCCGUUGGAGCAGGGGCGUUGACCGCUCACUGUACGGCUCUCGUGAGUACGCCUCCAAGAACCCAACUCUGAGCCCCAUCACGGAGAGGCAUAGUUCCGGCGCAGAGGCAGCUGCGUCCUCAGAAACCGACCUCACAGCCCAGAUCGCCCGUAGCGUAGAGGAUCCGACUCCCCCCGUGGUGGUCCAGACGUCGGACAACUGCGUCCAGCCACCCGACUCAGCUAAGAAAAGACGGGCCAGAGCUGCUGAUUCUGACCUCCUUGGUGUGGAGCAGAGUGAAGACCAAAGUUCAUCUCAGCAGAGUUCGGCCAAACAGACAUUGGUCAACAGUGACCUGACCUCUGACCCUGAGCCCGCUGAGGAAUCAGAACCCCUUCACUCUCCUCCACUGGCGGGAAAUGAAGUGGAACAGGAACCGGAGCGGGACAUGAGAGGCAACAACAACAGCAGCAACUCAGACUCGGCUCCCUCACAGGUCGACUUUUAUUUCGAAGAUGUUUUUAAACAUGUGGCCAGCAGGAGGCAGCGUUCUGUCCGCCGCAGCCUGAGGAACCAAAGCAACGUGGUCUCUGACAACAGCGACGUCGGUCUGGCCUGGUUGCCUUGGACCCCCUCUCAGUCCAGUCGGAGCCUCAGGAGGAAAAGCAGCCGGCGACUGGUCGGAGCCAGUCUGACCAAUCAGACGUCAGCCUCUGAGGAGACGCAGGAAACGGUGUGAUGGAAAAGUCAAGAGAGACGCCGGACAUCUUUAACUCUUGGAAUAAAACGGAGGAAGCGGUGAAAACCACAACAUCACAUCUGCUGUGACGGGGACUGGACCUGGAUGUGGUGAUUGUACUGACCCCAGAACUGCUCCCCCCACCCCCUCCAAACCACCUCCUGUCUUUUAGAGGCCAGGACCAGUUUCUGCUGCUGUGUUCACUUCCAGGUUUUACCGACGUCCUGUGUUUGUGUGUGUGUGUGCUGAUGACAGUCACUGUCUCCACUAAUGUACUCUACAGAUGGACCAGUCAUAACUUUCCAUCUGGUGGAUGAACGUCACAGAUUAGAGAAGAGAAAAUAAAGUUUUUGGUUUUUGUUUUUGGUUUUGGUUUUUUACGAAGGAUGAGUGUUCACUUCAUUGACCCGUCUCUCUGGAGCGAUGACCGUUGUCAUGCCGACAGAAAAACGCAGAAUCAAAUCCAUGGAACCACGUCCAUGAUUCAUUCCAUCUUAUCACAAAUAAACCCUGAUGUGAAACAC